GCCUGCGCUGGAGGGGCAGAAUAGCCGGAGAAAAUGCCCCGCUGCGGAAGGCAAGCCAGCGUGGCCAGCUUAGAGUUGGCCACAGUGACUUGUCAGGUAUUCUGCCUGUGUACGUGCCGACAGCCCCUAGAAGGGGGCCUAAAGUCUGCCAUUUUCAAUUUCCAGAGUCUGCUGACCGUCAUCUUGCUGCUUAUAUGUACCUGUGCUUACAUCCGGUCCUUGGCACCCAGCAUCUUGGACAGAAAUAAGACUGGAUUGUUGGGGAUAUUUUGGAAAUGUGCCAGAAUUGGUGAACGAAAAAGUCCAUAUGUCGCAGUGUGCUGUGUAGUGAUGGCCUUCAGCAUCCUUUUCAUGCAGUAGCCUGGAAAAAGUAACACUUGAAUUUCCAUCAUAUUUCACUAUAAACAAGGACUUGCCUUCAGAAAUACUGGGAAGAAUGGUUAACCCUUUUAUCUCUGCACAUGGGAUGAGAUAACUUUCCAGAUGCUGUUCUCUAUUUUCAUGUUAUUGGACCAAUGAUCUGUAUAAAUAGUUAAGAUGCAACCAUUUAAUACAGAGUUUGAGAGCCUGUAACAAUUACUUUCAGUGCUGUUACUCAGUACAACAUUCUGCAAAUGUGCUUCUGUUUUGAAGUAAGGCAGCUUACAGGCACAUUGUAGCAACAGAAUUGGGAAGUGACUCCAUUCUUCCACUGGGACUUGGAAAUGACACAUCUCUACAGAAUGGCUUGGAGAAAAAUUUUCCUGUUGUGGAUUGCAUUUGUAUUACUAAUUUUGCUUUUCACCUGACCAUACUUUUAUCCUUAACCAGAAUACCUCUACUCUUAGGAAAUUCUGCAGUUUAUUUCAGGUUUUUAAAAUAUUUAAAACAAACCAGGCAUUGUGGCAUAUGCCUUUAAUCCCAGUACUUAGGAGGCCAAGGUCAUAGGAUCAGCAUGAAUUUAAGGCCAGCUUAGAUCUACAGAAUGAGUUCCAGGUCAUCCUGGGCUAGAGUGAGACCCUAUCUCAAAAAACCCAAAAAAGGUUUAAAAUAAGCCUAUGUAGUUCUUAAGCACUAAUAUAAAUGGGAUAAUUUACAAGUAGAGGUGAGAAAAUGUUCAAAUUUAACAUAAGUGUGAGGCUUCCGGUCAGGUGUGAGCACAUGAUUCAUGUGUGACCAGCUACCUGUCAUUCUUUGAAAAAGACAAUGUUGUUAAAAAGAAAAAGCAAAAUUGAACAAUUGUAGAAUGAUGAUUCUAAAUAUUUUUUCCUUACAAUGCCAUGUCUUCUAAAUAGAACAUUUUUUGUAACUGCGCCAAUGAAGUGUAUUUUUUUAAUACAGCACUUUAAGUCUAGUUUAUGUUCUGUCAACCUGAACUGGAAUCUCUUGUAUAACUUUGUAGGUAACAGACAGAUCUCUCACGUACUUAAUCUGUGCACUAUGGUCCAAGUAUCUGAGCUUUGAUAUUGAUGGAAGAGUUUUAGAAAUUUUUAAUGUAGGCAAGAAAAAUAUUAGAACUGUAACUUGCAAGGCAGUUACAUCUCCUAAGGUUCAAUGAAAUAUCUGUUGCUAUUAGAACUUAAAUCUCAGUUAAAAUAUACUUAUGUCGGGCGUGGUGUUACACGCCUUUAAUCCCAGCACUCGGGAAGCAAUGGUAGGAGGAUUGCCAUGAGUUCAAGGCCACCCUGAGACUCCAUAGUGAAUUCAAGGUCAGCCUGGGCUAGAGUGAGACCCUACAUCGAAAAACCAAAAAAAAAAAAAAAAUACAGUCAUUCAUAUUUACUAAAUACUCUUUGUGGAUUUUAAAUUCCCUAUAAAAGUACACAGGAACAACAUGUUAAUAAAAGUGGGGCUGAGGAGCUAGAUGGCUCUGUGGUUGAGAGUGCAUCACCUAUGCAUGAGGGCCUGGGACAACCUGAACUCGUCUCCCCAGAGCCCACGUAAGCUGCAUGUGGCCGUGCACAUCGUAACCCUAAUAUGCAGUGUGGUAGAAACUGGGCUCACUGACCAAAAACCACAGCUUCAGGUUUAGGGAAAGCGCACGUCUCAGAAAAGUCAUGGAUAAGCAACAGAGAAUGACACCCAAAGUUCUCCUGUGGCCUCUGCAUGCACACAUACCCUUAUAUACAUGUAUACACUCACAGAAUAGAAUGUGAGGCAGAGCCUCACUGUGUACCCCAAACUGCCACCACAAACAGCCAAGUCGCCAGUUUUUGAAGACUGUUUUAAGAUAUUUGUAAUGACUUUCAGUGAAGUCUCUAGGAAAACUUACUUUGUUUUGUUUCCAAAGAACUGCAGGAUUUGGACGUAUUCCUUUUAAUAUUCAACAUGUAUUUUCCUUUGCAUGGGAUGCUGUGGUAAUUAUUUUUAUUAUAAACUGCAGCCUGGGCUUUACAUUGGGUCAAGGGUUUUUCAGAAAUAUGGUUUGUCAGCAUAUUUGUGCAGAGUAAGUCACCUUUCUGGGUCUGAUUCCUGGUGCCAUCUGUUCUCCAUCUCUGCUACUAGCCAGAUUUUUCUGAAAGCUUUGUCAACUUUUUUUUAAUGCUAACACAAAUCUAUUAUGAAAGGGAGAGAAUAAAGAAUUCAUUUGAAGGCAUUCUCUUUAAUUUGUUCCUCCAAACGAUGUAAGUGAAAACUAGAAGAAAUAGUUAACUUGGAAAACCUGUAGUAACACAAAACUUCAUUGUGUUUACGUGAUGUUCAGUGGGAGGAGGCAGUGUAUUUCUAGUGCCAGCCGUGCUGACCUUUUCAAAUGCAAGCUCUUUGGGAUGUGGAGAAAGAAACCAAGACAGUCCUAUGAGGAGAGCAAUUGGCAUUUUCUUUAAUGUACCGGCCCCCCCUCACCCCGAGUCAACAUUGAAUCCUGUUCUCAAAACUAGAAGGCAGUGUAGUUGGUGUUGAGCCCCAGAAUGCUCAGGCCUUUGUCUUUGGUGGGCAGCCACACUGGGUGUGAAGAGCAGGGUAAAUCAACUGACUCUGCCAGUGGUCUGCUUCUGCCCUGAGCCUUGCGCAGGCUGCUCACAAAUCAAGUGACCCCUGCCUGCCUUUCUCACUCUAGAAUGUCACCUCCAUGUCUCUGAAUUUGCUUAGAUCCUGCAGACUUUAAAUGUGGCAGUGGCAAUGACGUGUUUUCUUUCCAGGCAACCUUUCAAUGAUGGUCUUCAGAAGGCCACAUAAUCUGGAAUUCAUCCAUGUCCAGUGUGUUUGUUAUUAAUACCUAUUCUGUCAUGGCAGACACUAACCUGAAGGCUCUUCUAUUCUCAAAUUUGAGAUGCUUCCUGCUGGAAAUGUUAGUGAGCUGCAUUUUAUAAUAGAUUCCUUCAUCUCUGAUAGGAUGAUUAGUGUAGCUUCAACGUAGAAUGAAUGGCACAGAGGUUCAAACAGAUUAACUUUUCAAAGUUUACAAAGUUAAAAAGGAAUAGAUCCCUGGCUUCCUUUAUGAAAGAUGAUAAAUUUUGUAAAGUUUAUUUCCAUCAGGAAGCAUUUAUAUACUUUAUAUUGACUGUAUGGUUCUGUAGAAAAUAGGUAGUUUUUUCCCUGUAACAACUUAGCGCAUAUGAAAGAUGAAGGUAAUGUAUACAGAAUAUGUGAUAAGUUAUUGAGAUAAUCCCGGGUUUGGGGGGGGGGGGAUCAAGAGUGAUGGCAUGACCUUCCGAAAGAGCCGUGAGUACGCUGAAUUUGACAGCCUGCACAGUGGUGUGUGUUAGCAACUGUGCACUGAGCUGGCUGUGCCUCUUAGAACUUGUAAAGUAUUAAGACAUAAACCAUAAGGACCUAGAGAGUUAUGUUUUUCUUUGUUCCUAUUACCUACCUCAAAAUCCAACUCAGGCGCGUUUCCACUCCUGCCUCACACAAGUCCAUCGGAAGGGAAGUAAAACCCCUCUUGGUGAACGUGCUGUGCGGGCAAGGCUGCCUGCUUCCAUGAUCGCCUGAAUUUAGCGCUGGGAAUAUAACAGUUGCUCUCCUGAGACCACCUGUGUGGUAUGUAGAGACCGUUAGCAUCAAGCCGGUGUUUGCCAGAUCUCCAGCAGCUCCUGUUCCAUCCACGCUCAGAGCAGCUCGGACUACACGCACGCAGUCGCGCAAGAAAGGGGUGUUUGCAACGCCACGUGUCUGGGAGGCACAGAAAAUCCAAGAAAAAAAGGACAUUUCCUAAAAGCCUUUCAGAAGUUACUGGAUCCUAGCAAGCUGAAGAAGGAAUGGAAAGUUCUAAUGGACUGCUCAUUGGUAUCCAUCCAGUAACAAGAAAGCCCCCCAACUCCCCAAAAAUGUUGCUGAUUAUUUAAGGUGAACGCUGUACAGCCAUGUUGUCUUAACCUGAACAUCACUACUGGUUUCAGAGAAUUAGCUCCCAGGGGUUGAUUUUUACUUUGCCCCAGACUAAUUCCAGUACCUUCUGGAAGAAACAAAUAUAUUUCCUUAAGAGAGUGUAGGUAACCAUUCUGAUCUGAUUAGUUCAUGUCUGGUAUGUAAUUAAACGAAAAAAAAAAAAAACCCUCCAAGUUUUGUCGUGCCAGGUAUUUGAAAAGCAGUGGUAAGAGGUUGAAAGAUGAAUUGUUACUAGACCCAAUUUACUGUGUACUGCACUUUUGUGUAUGACUGGCCAAGAUUAUAGUGUUCGUGUUCUGCAUCUUAAA